UAUUAUAUUUUUUGUUGUGUCUUAUGUGGUUGUGGUUGGUUGUUAUUGUUGGUAAUUUAAUUACUAAUCAGGCAACACUGGUAAUCACACUUAUCAAAAUCAGGAAUGAAAAACGACGUAGUGUUAUUAAAAGAAAACAGAUGUGACGUAGAAUAAUAAACUGUGUCAUUGAAAAUAGUACCUAAUUUCCAAUGUUUGCGUUAUCGGACUAUUGCAUUUUGCAUUUGUGUUUGUAUAUUUCAUAAUCUGGAACAAAUUCCGCUUAAUAUACUAAUUUCAGUCUUCACAAAGCUCUAGCGUUUGUACCGAAACAAUCACGAUGCUCCUACUACAAUUGAAAGUUGUCGUCUGGAAAAACUUGAUAAUAAGGAAAAGACAUUGGCUGCUGACUAUUGUAGAGUCGUUAUUACCUAUUUUAUUAUUUUUAUUAAUCGCUUAUGGAAGAAGUAAAAUUACGGGACUAAACAAAAUCGAGAUAACUGAGGUGACAUACAACUCUCCCCAAAUAUUGCAGUACAGUGAUUUAGAUGUGAGUGAGACAAGAAUAUACUUUACCCCCAACACUGAAUUUUACCAAGAUAUAAUGAAAAGAGUCCAAGUUAAAUUCCAGAUGUAUAACAACAAUAUUAAAGGGUUUCCUUCAAACGAAUUGUUAUUACAUUACUAUGCCUCACACCAUAAUAAUACUGUCAUUGCUAUUAUUUUCAAUGAAGAAGACCAGAAAAACUUUGAUUAUGUGAUGAGAGUACACCAAGAUUAUUAUUCAACGGAUGUAAAUACAGCCGAGCUUUAUAAAAAUUCGUUUAAUUUUGAACCUGGUACAGGAACACCCUAUUACUAUAAAGGAUACCUGUCUGUUCAGAAAGCUCUGGAUAUGGCGUUCAUAGAGCAAGUGUCUGGAAAAGAUCUAGAAAGUAACGUAACUGUAAUGGUACAAGAAUUCCCUUAUCCGCCACAUAAGCAGGAUUCUGCCCUCACCACCAUGUUCUUAACGUUUCUACCCAUCAUCACCCUCUUCAGUUUUAUUUUCAUCUCGCCCGCCGUACUAAAACGAGUCGUAGAGGAGAAAUACUCUGGAAUAAAAGAACUUUUGAAAAUGGUAGGUAUGAAGUCGUGGAUGCUUUGGCUCGGUUGGUUCAUAUAUGGGAUAAUACCGAUGCUGUUCUCCAUUCUAUGCAUAGUGGUGUUAAUGAAAGUGCCGUUAUUCGGCACCGAAUAUCCCCCCAUCGAACACACGGACGGUUCCAUUUUGUUCGUCUUUCUGCUGUUGUAUUGCAUGGCCGCCACAAUUUUCUGUUUCGCCAUCAGCUCGUUGUUCUACAAACCGUCGGUUGCCAUGGUGGCGGGUGUUCUGGUAUGGAUCUUGUCGUAUUUUGUGGCAAAGUAUGGAUUAGGGCUCGAGGAAAUGGGCACCAAGCUGUCUUGGAGCUUGAACAUGGAGUUAAUUCUGUUACCGAACAUGGCGCUGCAUUAUGGGUAUCUAGCGAUAUCCGGUUAUGAAGAAAGAGAUAUAGGCCUUCAAUGGAACAAUUUCUAUAAAUCUAGCAGUGGGGGCACCGAUGAUGUUACUAUGUUGAACGUUUUUGUGAUGUUGAUAAUAGACAUGAUCAUUUACAUGGCUUUUACAUUGUACAUGGACGGACUGAAUCCGGGAAAGUACGGCGUUAGAAAGUCUUUUCUAUUUCCGAUCCAUCGCUUGCGCAAGUGGGUAAUGGGUAUGUGUACCGUCGAGGACAAACAAGGAACCGAACCCCUUCGCUUGAAAUAUGUCGAGGAGGGUAAGGGCUUGGGGAAAGGCAUAGAGAUACAAGGCCUAGUGAAGCGCUACGGGAAUAAGCUGGCCGUAAACGAUUUGUCGCUCGAUAUUUACCAGAAUCAGAUAACUGUGCUUCUCGGCCCCAACGGAGCAGGGAAAUCGACGACAAUGUCGAUAAUUACAGGAAUGCUUGACAUGACCUCGGGCAGUAUAAAAAUGAAUGGUAAAGACAUAAGGAACAACAUGGACGAAAUAAGAAAGUCCCUCGGCUUGUGCCCCCAGCACAAUCUUUUGUUUACAGAUUUAACGGUCAGUGAACACUUGCUGUUUUUCGCAAAGUUAAAGGGCAAAUCGGCGGAGGAGGCUGAGAAAGAAAUGCUGGAACUGUUGGAGAAGCUACACUUGUUGGACAAAAAGGAUGCCAUGGCCUGCACGCUCUCCGGAGGGAUGAAGAGGAAGCUGUGCCUGGGGAUGGCUAUCAUCGGAGGAUCUGAGAUCCUGAUUCUGGACGAGCCCACAUCCGGCAUGGAUCCGGAAUCUCGACGGGAACUGUGGGACAUGCUGCUUGCCUGGAGGAGAGAGAAGACCAUCCUGAUCACCACACACUUCAUGGAGGAGGCGGACGCCCUCGGGGAUUGGAUCGCCAUUAUGGCCAACGGCUCGUUGCAGUGUCACGGAACACCCAUGGGACUGAAGAAGGAGUAUGAUACGGGCUACCAUUUAUCUUUGAUGGUUAAAGACGACGCCACGACGGAAGACAAGAACAAAAUCAAGAACUGCAUUCUGAGCGACAUCGAUAUGGCGGAAUUCAAAGAUUGUUACGGGAAUAACAUGGUCUUCUUGUUACCGAUGGAGGACAACUCGAAAAUCGCCGGCCUGCUGGCCACUCUCGAAGAGGACAAGGAGGGCCUAAAAAUCGAGAACAUAUCCGUCACGGUUACCACCCUGGAGGACAUAUUUUUAAAGGUGAAGAUGCAAAGUGAAACGAAUUCCAAUCACGUCCCCGCUCUGAACGCUGAAGGAUUAAUGGACUUUACAGAUACCAAGAGUGACCCUCCGGACUCAAAGAAACUACUUCAGAUGAGGUUUAAGGCACUAUUUGUGAAAAAAUUGAAAUUCUAUAAGAAGAAAUUCUGGACCUAUUUUUUACCGACGUUAAGUGCGGCAGUCUUCCUGGUGCUGACCAUUUACUUGAGCGGCAACACGAUCGGUAACUACGGAGAUAAUGGUCCAGAAGUGAAGCUGCAAUUGGACAUCUACAAACACUCCACCGUUUACUACAACGGUACGAAACAGAGCGAUGUAACGAACAAAUUGAAAACGGCUUAUCGAUCUGUCGUCGAGAUUAAUAAUCGGGGAAUAGCCUCGGACGUUGAGGACGUACAGCAAGAAAUUGUCAACGAGGGCAUAGAGAACAUAAUCUACUACAAAACACACCUAGUGGCCGGCGCCGAGUUCAUUUCGGAUGAUAACAUCCAAGCCACGGCCAUGUACAAUGCCAUAGCCAUCCACAGCGCCCCGAUAUCACUGAACCUAAUCACGAACGCCCUAGCGAAGGCGUACUUAGGCGACGACUAUUCCAUCAGGGCCAGCAAUUGGCCCCUGGAGACCGUCAACACCCACACCACCCAGGAAUACUCCAAGGACAAAGUCAGAUUGCUCUGGUCCGUCAUAAUGCCCAUCGGGUUUCUCCUGGUCAUCGGGAGCUUCAUAGUGUUCCCCCACAUCGAGCUGUCUACCAAUUUCACCCAGCUGCAGUUCAUGUGCGGAGUGAAGCCUUAUUGGUACUGGUUGGUUAAUUACUUGAUGGACUUUGUGUUGUUCCUGGUAAUUUCCUUGGUUGUGGGAACGAUCGCCGUCGGCAUGGCGCCUUACAUAGGCGGGCCUGAAUUCUUUUUUCUAUUUCUCAUAUUCGUUAUGUACGGGGCAGCCAGCAUACCAUUCGUGUACCUGUUCAGCAGAAAACAGUCGGUGUCGGCCGGCUUCGCCGUCUUCGUCAUCAUGGGCAUAUUUUUCGGGAUCAUUUUCACUGUUUCCGUGCAAGGCCUCAUGGAAUUGGGGGAUGACUAUUACAACAACCUAGGGCACGGCUUAAAGGUCUUGUUCAUAUUAGGCUUGCCGCAGGUGGGCUUAGCCCAUUCCGCGAUGAUACUAACCGGGAAGGCCGUCGAAAACUACAACUGGGACGUCAUGCCUAGGAUGAAACAUAUCGGUAUAUGCAUGCAACAGCCGAACCCCUGCUGUGAAGGUAAGACGAUGGAGUGCGAAGCGUAUCAGUGGUAUGCGCCGUUGCUGAAGGAGAACUUUCUUCUAAUGUUAGCCAGUUGUGUAAUUUACCUCACGGUGAACACCCUACUGGACUCGUACGUUGUGAAAAAAUUGUUCUCUAGGAUCCAGUACGAGAUUUCCAAGAUCAUAUAUAGGCAAGACGGUUUCGGUAGGUACCAGAGUAUCGACGAUGAGGAUAAAAAAGGAAACUAUAACACGCUGAAGGCCAAGAAUUUGCAAAAAACGUAUUCUGGGAAACAAAUCGUCAAGAACAUCGGCUUCACGCUACAUAAGAAGGACUGCUUGGGGAUCCUGGGCGUAAACGGAGCGGGGAAAACGACGACGUUCCGCAUGCUGACACGUGAAGAAGUCGUACACGACGGAAAUGUAGAAAUUACCCUCAGUGGGGAGAAAGGCAGACCAAUUACAAUCGAUCAAGAUAAGUAUUUAGAGAACCUGGGUUACUGUCCGCAAGUGGACGCCUUGAAUUUCGUUUUAAGUGGACGUGAAAUACUGACGUUAAUAUCACAGUUACGAGGCGUGUACGACACGGAAAUCGUUGAAAAGUUCUUAAAAUUGUUUGAACUGGAUCAGUAUGCCGACACGCCCUGCGGCUACUACAGCGGAGGGAACAAGCGGAAGUUAAGCUUGGCGGUGGCGCUCAUCGGUUUCCCGCAGAUCGUACUGUUGGACGAGCCCACAAACGGCGUCGAUCCGUCCAGUCGCAGGAAAUUCUGGAAUCUGAUAAAGGACUUCAAGGAGAAGAAGGAUCUGUCCUUCAUUUUAACGUCGCACAGUAUGGUGGAGUGCGAGGCGCUGUGUAAUAACUUGAAGAUCAUGAAGGACGGCCGGUUCGAAAGGGGGGGCACCAUAAGCGAACUGAAGAAGGAACAUGGCGGUUUUAACGUUAAACUGAAACUCCUCCACAAAGAUGACAGAAAAUGCUUGCCAGCCAAGAAGGACUCCCUUAAAAGUAACAGCGAUUCCGACGGGGAGGGUUACGAUGAAGUCGAUGCGAUUGCCGCACCGAAUAACAGUUUUGAAAACGUCGAGCAAUUGAAGGACUACUUUAAGAGCAAAUACACCGUUAGGGAUGAACAUAUGGGCGUACUGCACAUCUACGUCAAUGACAAGAGCAAGAACUGGAGCACGAUGUUCAAGGAACUGGAGAACAUCAAAUCUAACAACGGUCACCUGAUCGAGGACUACGCGAUCAGCGAGGCCUCCCUCGAGGACAUCUUCCUUACAGUGGCCAGGUCGAAGACGGUGGAGGACGGGAAGAAACCGAAGAAGAAGAGGAAGCUCGUAUCCCGUCAUAUUAUCCUCUACAGAAAAUCAUUAAUCCGCCAGUUUUGUUACUCGUCGCAGUCGUUCGAUUUCUCCAUUAUAUUUAAAUACACUGAACUAAUAAUAAAUAUACCUACAAUGUUUUUCCAACAACUGAAAGUCGUUAUUUGGAAAAACUUAAUAAUAAGGAAAAGACACUGGUUUUUGACCAUCAUCGAAUCCGUAUUGCCUAUUUUAUUAUUUUUAUUAAUUGCUUAUACACUGAGUCAAUUUUGCGAAAUACGUCAAUCGGAAAUGCAGGAUGCACGGUACACUAAUCCACAAACUGUAAAAUACGGCUAUGUAUCCGGAAUAUUUUGUUAUGCACCCGACACUAAAUUUUACCAAGAUAUAAUGAAAAAUGUCCAAGUUAAAUUCCAAAUGGCGAAUAACAGUAUUAAAGGAUUUCCAUCCAGUGACUCUUUACUGCAUUUCCAAAAUUCCAAUAAUAACAAUAUUAUUAGUGCUGCUAUAAUUUUCCAUGGAAGUGAAGAAAAGCUGGAUUACACAAUUCGAAUGAAAAACAUUUACUAUUCAGACACAGAUCAACUUUAUUUCAGCUCUUAUGAAGUAUAUCCUGGACGAGGAACAUCAUAUUUUAGGGACUAUCUGUCAAUUCAGAAAGCCCUAGAUAUGUCUUUCAUAGAGAAAGUAUCUAGAAGGAAUGUAGACAGUAAUGUAACCCUAAAGAUUCAAGAAUUCCCUUAUCCCCCCUAUCAAAGAGACACAAUUGUCGAUGAAAUAUUUUUGAGUUUCCUACCCAUUUUUACUUUUGUUAGUUUUAUCUUCAUUUCUCCUGCUGUGCUAAAACGUGUCGUAGAGGAGAAAUAUUCGGGAACCAAGGAACUCAUGAAAAUGGUAGGCAUGAAGCCGUGGAUGCUUUGGCUGGGUUGGUUCAUACAUGGACUGAUUCCCAUGCUGUUUUCUAUAUUUGGCAUCGUAUUGUUGAUGAAAAUCCCAAUUUUUAACAGAGAAUGUUCCCCUAUCAAAUACACAGAUGGUUCUGUCUUAUUCGUCUUUUUAUUAUUAUAUUGUAUGGCUGCUAUAGUAUUUUGCUUUGCCAUCAGUUCGUUGUUUUGCAUGCCAACCCUUGCGAUGGUGGCAGGGAUUCUGAUAUGGAUUUUGUCUUAUUUUGUACCCAAGUAUGGUCUUGGUCUUGACAAGAUGGGUAAUAGAUUUCCUUGGUCUUCGAACAUGCUGCUGAUUUUAUUCCCAAAUAUGGCGUUGCAUUAUGGAUAUGUAACAGUUGUCCUGUAUGAGCAGAGACAACUGGGAUUGCAGUGGAAUAAUUUCUAUAAAGCUAGCAGUGGCGGCACCGAAGAUGUUACAAUGUUAAACGUUUUUAUGAUGUUGAUAAUAGAUACGGUUGUUUACAUGGUUUUUACGUUGUACAUGGACGAUGUGAAUCCGGGAAAAUACGGAGUUCGAAAAUCUAUUUUCUUUCCGAUUUACUUCUUAGUGCAUUUGAUAAAACGACCAGCCGCCGUUGAAGGACAACAGGGAACGGAACCACUCUGCUUGGACUACAUGGAGGAAGGUAGAGGCCUAAUUAAAGGUAUAGAAAUUCAAGAUUUGGUGAAACGCUAUGGUCCCAAAUUGGCCGUCAAUAAUUUGUCUUUAAAUAUUUACAAAAACCAAAUAACAGUACUUCUUGGCCAUAAUGGGGCAGGAAAGUCCACUACAAUGUCUAUAAUUACAGGAAUGCUACACAUGACAUCGGGGAGCAUAAAAAUGAAUGGUAAAAACAUAAGGAACAACAUGGACGAAAUAAGAAAGUCCCUCGGCUUGUGCCCUCAGCACAAUCUUCUGUUUACCGACUUAACGGUUGGUGAACACUUACUGUUUUUCGCAAAGUUAAAGGGCAAAACGGCGGAAGAAGCUGAAAUAGAAAUGAUGCAACUGUUGAAAAAGUUACACUUGUCUGACAAAAAGGAUGCCAUGGCCUGCACGCUCUCCGGAGGGAUGAAGAGGAAGCUGUGCCUGGGGAUGGCCAUCAUCGGAGGAUCUGAGAUCCUGAUACUGGACGAGCCCACUUCCGGCAUGGAUCCGGAAUCGAGACGGGAGCUAUGGGACUUGCUAUUAGCUUGGAGGGGUGAGAAAACGAUCUUAAUCACCACCCAUUUUAUGGAGGAGGCGGACGCUCUCGGAGAUUGGAUCGCCAUCAUGGCCAACGGCAGGCUGCAAUGUUACGGAACACCGCUGUACUUAAAAAAAACAUUCGAUACCGGUUACCACUUAUCUCUGAUUGUCAAGGACAGCGCCACUACGAAGGAAAGGAGCAUUAUCGAGAACGAUGUUAUUAAACACAUAGAUUCUGCCGAAUUGAAGGAAUCCAACGGAAAUAAUAUGGUGUUUCUGUUGCCGCUGGAAGAUAACUCAAGAAUCGCUGAUUUGCUAACGUUCCUGGAAGACAACAAAGAGGUAUUACAAAUUGAGAAUAUAUCCGUUACGGUAACCACUUUGGAGGACGUGUUUUUGAAGGUUAAAUUGAAAAGUGACACCGACACUAAUAAUAUCCCUGCAGCGGACAUACAAGCACUACUGGAUAUUCCAGUUCCAGAUGAAAUUAAUACGACUGCUAGCAGCAUCAGACUGUGUGUAAUGAGAACUAAUGCACUGAUAUUAAAAAAGCUACAGUUUUAUAGAAAGAAAGUCUGGUCAUAUCUUAUACCCGCAAUUUUAGCAUUAAUCAUUAUCGUAUUAACUAUCUACUUAUGCGAUGGUACUAAUACUGACUCUGAGGGGGAUAGUCCGUUAUUGAAGUUACAAUUAAGUACUUACAAACACACUACCGUCUUCUACAAUGGUACAAAGCACAACCAAUUAAUCGAUAGAAUGAAAAGGGCCUUCCGUUCCUUGGUUGAAGCUAACGAUGGAAGAGCUGUGGAAGUUGACGAUGUUCAGAAAGAAAUCGUAAACAAGGGCAUAGAAAACAUAGCGUACUACAAAGAGCACCUAGUAGUCGGCGCAGAAUUUCAUUCAGGAAAGGAUAUUCAAGCCACUGCCCUGUAUAAUAGCAUAGCCAUCCACAGCGCUCCGAUAUCUCUGAAUCUAAUCACGAACGCACUAGCGAAGGUGUACCUAGGAAGCGAAUAUUCUAUUACGACUAGUAAUUGGCCCUUAAUCGAUACCUAUACGAGGACCCCAGACUUUUCCAUUUAUACAGUUGCGCUGCUUUGGUCCGUGUUAAUGCCCAUCGGGUUUCUCCUGAUCAUCGGAAGCUUUAUAGUAUUUCCCCACAUGGAGCUAUCUACGAAAUUCACCCAAGUGCAGUACAUGUGCGGCGUGAGGCCUUACUCUUACUGGCUGAUCAAUUACUUGGUCGAUUUUGUGUUGUACCUGAUUAUUUGUUUGGUGAUAGCGAUGAUUGCCUUCUUCAUGGCAUCUUACAUAGGCGGAACUGAAUUCUUGAUUCUCCUUUUCAUUUUCACCGUAUAUGGAGCGGCCAAUAUACCGUUGCUGUACCUGUUUGGUAGAAUAAAAUCAGCUUCUGGUGGUUUUGCUCUAUUCGUGAUAAUAGGCGUACUUUUUGGAAUUGUUCUUGCCGUUACCUUUCAUUUAUUAAUGCUAUCAGGAGAUACAUAUAAUGAGAAAUUAGGACAUGGUUUGAAAAUCUUGUUUAUACUUGUCUUGCCACAAGCAGGUCUAGUUCAUUCCGUAUUUAUCAUUUCUGGAAAAGCCGUGGAAAAUUAUAAUGCUUAUAAACAGUGCUUGACAAAUCAAAAUCCAGAUUCUACAAUGGGAUGUAAAGUAAAAGAGAGUUAUUUGCCGCUGCUAAAAGAAGACAUCCUCCUGAUGCUCUACAGUGCCGUAAUUUAUAUAAUCGUGAACAUUUUACUGGACAUGUACUUCUUUAAAAAGUGUAUCUCCAGGGUGCAAUAUCAGGUCUGUAACUUUUGGUAUAAAUAUAUCAAAGGACGGCACGACGGUGUUGGCGACUACCAAGACCUGAACGAUUCCGAGUACGAUGACGGUUACAACUCUUUGGAAGCCAAGGAUUUACGCAAAACAUACGGGGGGAAGCUGGUCGUUAAGAACAUUGGUUUCACGCUAAAUGAGAAGGAAUGUUUGGGGAUACUGGGCGUUAAUGGUGCCGGUAAAACCACGACGUUCCGCAUGCUCACGCGCGACGAGGUCGCCGAUAGUGGCACCGUACAAAUUAUCAGCAAUAAGAGCAAGAAACCGAUAACCAUCAGUCAGGAUAAGUAUUUAGAGCACCUCGGUUACUGCCCCCAAAUGGAUUCUUUAAAUUUCGUCUUGACUGGAAGGCAAAUAUUGACCUUAAUAGCAAAGCUACGUGGUGUAGAUAAUUCGGAAAUUGUUAAUAGUUUCUUAAAACUGUUUGAACUGGAGCGAUAUGCCGACAUACCCUCGGGCCACUACAGUGGCGGCAACAAACGAAAACUGAGUUUAGCCGUGGCUCUGAUUGGUUACCCGAAAUUCGUGUUGCUCGAUGAGCCUACGAGCGGCGUGGAUCCUUCAAGCCGCAGGAAUUUUUGGAAUUUGAUAAGGAACUUCAAACAGAAUAAAGAUUUGUCCUUUAUUUUAACUUCCCACAGUAUGGUGGAGUGUGAGGCAUUAUGUAAUAGUUUGAAGAUCAUGAAAGACGGCCGAUUCGAGAAGGAAGGCACCAUAAGCGAAUUGAAGAAGGAUCACGGCGGAUUUAACGUUAAAUUAAAAUUAAUAAAUAAUGAUCAAAAGAAUUUAUCCGCCGAGGAGAACCCUCUUCAAAGUAGCAGUUGUAGUACUACACAAUAUAAUGAUAGGAGAGCUCUAAUAGCAAAUAAUAAAUUUAACAACAUUGAGGAAUUGAAGGACUAUUUUACGAAAAAAUAUAAUGGGACUGUGAAGGAUGAACAUUCUGGCUUGCUGCAUUUGUACAUCGGGGACAAAUGUAAAAAAUGGAGUGUGAUGUUCAAGGAAGUAGAACAGAUUAAAACGAGAAACCCGCAUCUGAUAGAGGACUACUCCAUCAGCGAAGCUUCUCUGGAAGACAUAUUUCUUACAGUGGCCAGGUCAAAGGGCGACGAAGAGGAAAAAACCAAAUAAAAUAAAAAAGAUACUGAUAAUGUUAAGACAUACCCUCACGUAUUCAAAAGACAAUUCUUUGUACAGUGUUAACUGCAAUGCUUUGUGUUUUUAAACGGGAACAGAUCUUAAUAUUCACUAAAAAAUUCAAUUAUAGUCUAUAUAUUCAGAGGCAUAGCUUUAUAAGCGCACAAUUAAAAAAUAGUCUGUGUAGCUAAUCAUUUCUUUUACACAGUUGUGUGUUUGAACUGAUACUAGUCAAAGCUGUAUUUUCUUAGAUUAUUUCUAUUGUUCAAAUCAGAUUUUAUUAUGUUAUUACUGUAUUUAUUAAUAUUUCAAAAUACGCUAAAAAUUAAUGAAAAAAAAA